AUGGCAAGAGCAAGGAUACCGAGGACGGCCAUUGGCAGUGGUGCCCUGCCCUCCUCAAAGCCAGCCAAGGACCCCGCGGAGGUCAGGACUGACCUAAUCAAGGGAUGCAGGACCAUCCUGAUGGAGCUCCAGGGCCUUGACUUCCCCCGGUCUGACGUGAGAGGUUACUUCCAGUUUGUGGUGAAGCCGCCUGCGGGCGUAGCCAAGACCUUCGACUUGACACGAGCGCGGACGGUUGUGGAGCAGCUGGUUUCGGGGCAAGAGGAGGCAGUGUCGGACCUGGAAGCGCUCAAGGCUGCCCAAUUAAUGCUGAGUGAGAUCUGGCGCUGGCGACGGCGCGGCGGCGGCAUGGAUGACGAGACUGACCGACCUAACUACCUCAUCGCGCUCGAGAGCCUGCAGAAGAUCGAGCCUGAGCAGAUCGACCGCAUCACGUCCUCUCUGCUUGACAACCUGCCCAUCACCGAGGCGGAGAAGCGCGAGAUGAGCAGCUCGGUGCAGCAGGCCGCCAUCGCUGGCAUUAACGGCGCCGUGUGGGGGAGCUUGGCGGCAUCAUUACUCUUUCUGCUGGUCUUCAACUUCGUUCGUAGCUCCUGA